AGCUUAUGAUAAUUAUCUGUUUUAACUUAAAGCUAAAACGACAUUAAUUAUUUGUUGUUGGUUUUCAUGACAAAUUAGAAACGUAACGAACGUUUAAUCGGAAUGAUUGAACGUUUUUGUUUACGUGCAAAUAAAUAUUUAAAUAAUAAUAGAAUAAAACGCAGUUGCAUAUUAUAAGCUUUAUAGUUUGCUCACACCAAAGAUUCUUAAAUUGAUUCGAACUGAGCAUCGGUCUCGAUUUCACUUUACAAAAUGUCGUACAUGUUUGUUUUAACACUGUUUGUAGCAUGUGUUCAUGUGGAAGGAAUUUCGGAGGUUUUCUGUCCAUCAUGCUCACAUGUUGAAUGCAAUGAAACGGAUGUUCCAACAGUAGACGAAGGAAUUCUCCUUGUGCAAGUGCACGAGUCUAUUACCCUAUACAAUAGCGCAUGCGUCGAUAAUCAGUUGAUCCCAGAGCGUUGCCACGAGCCUCCGAGAGUUUUUGUUAAUAGGUGUCAAAAUGCCACCAUAGACCACAUACAGCCACGUUUGGGGUGGUCCCUAUCAGAACAAGGCGUUAAAGGCUUGGUACGAGGUUGCGUGCCAGUCCCCGAGGCUUACCUGACGGAUGUAGGAGCCUCCAGACGCUUAGCAACCAGGAGAAAUCUCUCUUUGUGGCGUGGACUGGCCUCCAGGGCUUCAAGGAAGGGCAUUCCAUGACAGGACAAGUCUGUGUUGUCACAAACAAUUGAGGACAAACGUGAUUUUGUUUAUUUAUUGCACAAUUUGACAAAAAAGAAUUACGAUUUGGCGUAAUAUUAUUAAACAUUUGGCCGAUUGUUCAUAACUGUGGUAAAGUUAACAAAGUGAUUUACUACAUCGUUGUUAACUGUUCGUCGUGAGAUAGUAUACAGCCAUGUGUGUAACAAUCAAAACUGGUGUCUCUUGGAGUCGGGGAUGACAUAUGAACUUACUGUUGCCCGGGGCCCUAUAUGCUGAGCGCAACACUAUGCCAUCCCCGACACCAAGGGACAGACGUUUUGCCUAUCACACGAAUAACCAUGAAAUAACUGUUUUAUUACUUGAUCAAAAGUUAUCGUAACAAAAAAAAGGAAUUAAGUGUCUUAUUAACUGAUCAAAAUUGUAUUUGAUGAAAGUAUAAAAAAAUGACCGAACGUUACUUAUAUACCGUCUAAUAAAACUUGACAAUUUCUAUGAUAUAAUAGCGCGAGAGGGAAACAGGUAAAUAUAACUGUUGAAUGGGGAAUAGUUAAAUCCAAAAUUGAAAGGUUUCAUAUUAAGCAGCAAAGAUAACAGAUUUGUUUUUUUAUGACAAAUCAGCUGAUAAUUGAUGAUAUUGCAUAUUUUUAAAUAAAAUUAUUACAGCUUAAACAAAGGUAAAAUACUGCAGAUAACUUAUCAUCCAUUAAAUUUGCAGAGCAGAAAAUAUUUGAACUUACACAACGAUAACGUUUACAACGUUGCUAGCAUUAACGAAUUUCUGGAAAAUCUGCCCAUUGACGUAACUUUUAGACUCAACUUAAAGAUCUUUAAAGAACCUUCCUCCUUUGAAACGGUCAAAUAAACUGAUUAAAAUUAUAUUCUAUUUUCUUAUUAUGGUCAUAUGGAUUGGGCGUUGAUCAGAUAUGAUACCGUACAAAGAUAAAUGACAAAAGAAACCCAGGUUAACCAUUCUGAUUGCUUGAAUAUACUUGGAUUAUUGUUUUGGUAAUAUGUUAAACCAAAUUACAUGUGUGCAUAUUACUGCUUUGAAAAAUGCUUUCUAUGUUUUCUACAAAUAAUAACAUUUAAUGUU